UUCCCAUGAGCAAGUCUCUGGGCACACUGGUAAUUUCAGACCAGAAGGGUAAAACUGGUUUGAAAAAACAUGUGUGCCAUGGAGUUUGUCAACACUCCAGCCUGUGAAGAACAGGAGGCCAGGACUGUAAUGACUCCUGCCAGAGCUGGGGCCUAUGUCAGAGUCUUUGGUGUUGCUGCCAUCGCUGGCACACGAGGAUUUUAAUCGGCUGAAUUGAGCAGCAAGUAACUGGAGGCCCAGGCAGAGCGACCACAGGGCGUAACAGGAGGAGGACACUGAACAGGAAGAGGAACCAUGGCUUCUGAUGCUAGUCACGCUCUGGAAGCUGCCCUGGAACAGAUGGAUGGAAUCAUUGCAGGCACUAAAACGGGUACAGAUACUAAUGAUGGUAUCUGUGAGCCUGGACUGUCUUCUCCAGCCUCCCACAAGAACCCCUUUCCAGUGCUCCAUCUCAUCGAGGACUUGAGACUGGCCCUGGAAAUGCUGGAUCUUUCUCAGGAGAGAGAAGCUCUUCUGAGUCAGGUCCCUGGCCCAACAGCUACCUACAUAAAGGAAUGGUUUGAAGACAACUUGUCUCAGAUAAAUCACCACCGUGCUGCUAGUAACGAAACCUACCAGGAACGCUUGGCACGUCUAGAAGGAGAUAAGGAGUCCCUCAUCUUACAGGUGAGUGUCCUCACAGACCAAGUGGAAGCCCAAGGAGAAAAGAUUCGGGACCUGGAAGUGUGUCUGGAAGGACACCAGGUGAAACUCAAUGCUGCCGAAGAAAUGCUCCAACAGGAGCUGUUAAGUCGUACAUCUCUUGAAACCCAGAAGCUCGAUCUAAUGACUGAAGUGUCUGAGCUGAAGCUGAAGCUGGUUGGUAUGGAGAAGGAGCAGAGAGAACAAGAAGAAAAGCAGAAAAAAGCAGAAGAGUUACUGCAAGAGCUUAGGCACCUCAAGAUCAAAGUGGAAGAGUUAGAAAAUGAGCGGAAUCAGUACGAGUGGAAGCUGAAGGCCACUAAGGCUGAAGUAGCCCAGCUACAAGAGCAGGUGGCCCUGAAAGAUGCAGAGAUCGAGCGUCUGCACAGCCAGCUCUCUCGGACUGCAGCUCUCCACAGUGACCACACAGACAGAGACCAAGAAAUUCAUCGUCUGAAAAUGGGCAUGGAAACAUUGCUUGUUGCCAAUGAAGACAAAGACCGUCGGAUAGAGGAGCUCACGGGGCUGUUGAACCAGUACCUAAGGGUGAAGGAGAUUGUGAUGGCAGCUCAAGGGCCUUCUGAGAGAACUCUCUCAGUCAAUGAAGAACAACUGGAGGGAAGUUUCAGAAAGUGGAACACUGCAAAUAAAGGCCCUGAAGAAUUAUUAAAACAAGAGAUGCCUCCCAAAUGCAGCUCUCCCAAGGUGGCGCCUCCUCCUCUGCCACAGAAAUCACUGGAAACCAGGGCUCAGAAAAAACUCUCCUGUAGUCUAGAAGACUUGAGAAGUGAAUCUGUGGAUAAGUGUGUCAAUGGGAGCCAGCUCUCUCCUGUGGCAGAACCCAAGGACAGCCCUUUUCUGGUGGAGCAGAAAUAUCCAACAUUACCUGGGAAGCUUUCGGGAGCCACACCCAAUGGAGAAGCUGCCAAAUCUACUCCCACCACCUCACAGCCCGACGCUUCAGGGAGCAACCUGCUAAGGCUGAAUCAUGGCCGAAGUGUCAGUGCCCCCGUAUUAGGAGACACAGAAAGUGGUUGGGAAGAUACCACCAUGGCCAAUGACGUCUCAUCCACCUCAUCGGGUACUGAAUCCAGUCCCCAGUCUCCCCUGACACCGGAUGGUAAACGGAGCCCCAAAGGCAUCAAAAAAUUCUGGGGAAAAAUCCGAAGAACCCAGUCAGGAAAUUUCAACACUGAUGCACCAGGAAUGGCGGAGUUUCGACGAGGAGGGCUCCGGGCAACUGCAGGGCCAAGACUCUCAAGAACCAGGGACUCCAAGGGACAGAAAUGUGAUGCCAACGCCCCUUUUGCUCAGUGGAACACAGAGCGCGUCUGUGCAUGGCUUGAGGACUUUGGCCUGGCUCAGUACGUGAUCUUUGCCAGGCAGUGGGUGACAUCCGGGCACACAUUACUGACAGCUACUCCUCAAGAUAUGGAAAAGGAGCUAGGAAUUAAGCACCCUCUCCACAGGAAGAAGCUGGUUUUAGCAGUAAAAGCCAUCAACACCAAGCAGGAAGAGAAGUCUGCACUGCUAGACCAUAUUUGGGUGACAAGGUGGCUUGAUGAUAUUGGCUUACCCCAAUACAAAGACCAAUUUCAUGAAUCUAGAGUUGAUGGACGAAUGCUGCAAUACCUAACUGUGAAUGAUCUACUUUUCUUAAAAGUCACCAGCCAACUACAUCAUCUCAGCAUCAAAUGUGCCAUUCACGUGCUGCAUGUCAACAAAUUCAAUCCCCACUGCCUGCAUCGGCGGCCAGCUGAUGAGAGUAACCUUUCUCCUUCAGAAGUUGUGCAGUGGUCCAACCACAGGGUGAUGGAAUGGUUGCGAUCUGUGGACCUGGCAGAAUACGCACCCAACCUUCGAGGGAGUGGUGUCCAUGGUGGUCUUAUUAUCCUGGAGCCACGUUUCACUGGGGACACCUUGGCUAUGCUCCUCAACAUCCCACCACAGAAGACGCUUCUCCGGCGCCACCUCACCACCAAAUUCAACGCCCUAAUUGGUCCUGAGGCUGAGCAGGAAAAGCGAGAUAAAAUGGCCUCCCCAGCUUACACACCAUUGACCACCACAGCCAAAGUUCGGCCUAGGAAACUAGGAUUUUCACAUUUUGGAAACAUGCGAAAAAAGAAAUUUGAUGAAUCAACAGACUACAUUUGCCCCAUGGAACCCAGUGAUGCCGUCAGUGACAGUCAAAGGAUCUACAGUGGCUACCGGUGCUUCGGUCCCCUUGACACCCCUGAACUGGAUGGGCUGGACCAGAUGACACCUUCGGAAGGCACUGUGACACAGAUAGGGCUCCUCUCCCAAGAUAUUCACCGUCUUACGACCCUGCUGAGCCAGGACCAGCUGCUGAACGACUCUUGCCUGACUGCCCCCGAAUCUGAUGACUGGAGAUGACAUUCUUUGUGGCUGAGAGCCCAGAGAGGCACGUGUGGGGCCCGCCCUGUCUUUGUCUCAAAGGGGACCUGGCACACAGCCAUCGCAGAGCCCAGACUGCAGAUGGCGCUGGCAGGGGCAUCUCAGACCUGGGUGCUGACUGGAUCCAAGCGGAGCAGUGGCACGGGUGUCUAGGAGGUGGCCUGGUGGCCCUAGGUGUCUUUAGCCAUGCUGUGCUCUUCCCUGCAGCUUUCUGCCUUUUAUACUUUUAUACAAGGACUGCAGACUGCCUUUGUGGGGAAGGCAGUGAGAUACCGGCUCUUACACCAAAGGGAAGAGCUGACAGUUCAUAAAACCUCUGCUG